UCACAGAAUCGUAAAUUUAGUUUGGCACAUCUUCCUUGCGGUUGAUUCCAAAUGAGUUCACGAAUUUUUUCAAUUGAUCGUCAAAUGCUGCGAAUAAUUGGGACGUCAUUUGUGUGAUUUAAACUGGCUAAAAGCCAUAAAGUGAUAUCGUUCUCUGAAAUCAGUGAAGAACUCCAUAUUCCAAUUGAGAAACUCCACCGAAAAGUUAUAGCGUGCGCUCACGUUUUUCGCGUUGUCAAAUUCGUCGCAGAAACGUUCACUUUCACGCUCGUCUCGUGAGAAAAUGGAAGAAAAAAAGUCGGAAGGCGUGGAAUCCGGUUGUGUAUCCCAGGCAGAGGGAGCGAAAACAGACGCACCUAGCCUGGGCCCUGUAACGCUCGGUGAAAAAAAGCGAAUCAUUCGAAAAGUGUCCGUGCUCGACCCCAGCAGGCUCUCGAAACUCGGCCUCGAUAAAAUUAUCAUCCAAGCUGUGAGCAAAUUGAAAGAGCCUGUAAACUCACCACAAGCUAUCAACGGUCAACCCUUAGCCAACUCUAGCCCGAAGCCAUCAGCAAAUACUGCUAAAUCUUCUACCAUAAAAAAACUACAGAUUGUUAAACAUGGAGGCAGUAAACCUUGUAAAAACGCUAAUCCGAAAAUUGAGGUAGAUUCGAAGGGGACCGAUGAACAAAAAGAAGUCGCAACAUCAAAGCUUACAUCUGCAGAAAUUAAAUUGCUUUUAAGAAAAAGAGUUCAAGCUCGCGGUGCAGCUAGGCAAGAAUCAGCACAAACGGUAAAGACAGUGUCCUGCGGCGAUUCUGCGAAUAAUAUAAAAAACAACAAAGUAGAUUGCAGUGUAAGUGACAAUAAGAGGCCGAAAAUAGACACAAUCCAUCGGAGAAGGAAGAAAUCUGAGCAAGUACAGAAAGAAGAGUCUGUUGCAACUGAUGCAUUCUGCGGAUUUACAAAGGAAGAGAUUUCCGAAGGAGAUGAUAUUUUAAAGCGGCUCUGUGAUGCAAUACGAAAGUUCGAAUCAAACAAUGUGAAGAAAAUUCCAUCUUUCGUGCAUUUAAAAACGUAUCUCAAUAAAAGAAAAACAGGUCAAGCCAAAGAUUUAUUGCCGAGGACCCGGAGGGACAGUGAAAUUCAACCAAAACCUGAAAAUCAGGCCCAAACCCUACCGAGCCCGUUCGAACAUACUUCAUUCGGAAACAAUUCAGCUGUUGAUACUACAGGAACCGUCUGCGCGAUUCCUUCUAUACCUGUUACUUUGGCUAGUGUCAUAACAGUUCCGCCUGCUUUAAGAAGUUUAGAAGAUUUCCCGCCUCCUAACGCGGAAAAUGAACUAAUAUCGGCGAAUCCAGUAGAGUCAAAUUCUGUUGAUUCAGUUUCCGCCGAUUUACGAAGCUUAGAAGGUGUUUCGUCUGUUAACGUAGAUAAUGGUGUGAUACCGGAAGACCCAGUAGAGCCCAAUUCUGUUGAUUCUGAAUUACGAUCAGAAGAGGAUCACAACAUUCAAAUAGAAGAGACAGAAGACAUAGAUAUUAUUCAAGUGAAAACUGUUGAGGAAAACCCCGUUCGAGUGCCUACUGAGCAAAGUAAACAAGUCCUUUUGCCUUCCUUGCCAAUAAAAGAGAGCUUGUUGCAGCCAACCAAUUUGGAUUUUGGAAAAGUGAGAAACACUGCCAUUGACGCUGGCUCUACAUUGACUGUUGGUUCACAAACUGACGAGUUGAUUUUAAGUGAAAGUUCGCAACAAACGGAAGACGCCGAACCAAAACCAAUACUAUCCAACCUGAGCACCCCAAAAUCCACAAAUAAAGGAAUUAUUAUACUUGAUCAACAAAUUUUCAAAUCUGGAACUCCUUUACCUGCGUCUUUACUUGGUCCUGACUUCGUAAUAGACGGAAGUUUUCCCGGUAAUAGUUUUAAAAAGGAAAAAAGUCCCCCGAAGCCCUCAGUUUCAAAGGACCGUACAAUAUUGGUUAAAUUAUUGAGUGAAGAUACUCAGUCAGAAGAAAUCAAAAUUGAGAUAGUCGAUCCUCUCCUCGUUGAGCGACCGGAGAAAACGAUGGAUCCAAUAAGAAACAUCUGUAAAUCUUAUAUGAGGAAAAUGCUGAAGUCAACUGGCAUAAAACAAAUCAAAAUAAAUCCUUCACAAGCGAAUGCGAAAUCAACGGUAUUGUCAAACUCGGAAGCCGAUGGGAUUGCUAGUCAUAGUGGGGUUGUAGAUGAGACCGAAACAAAUCAAUUGUUGGUUCCCAAACAAGAGGUCGAAACAGCGGAAAGUGAAAACUACACAAUUAUUGUGGAUUCGAAUCAGUAUGAAGAGUUCAUUAAUCAAACACCUGAUCAAGGUAACGAAAAUCCCCCGCAAAUUGAAUCAAAUGAAACGGUGGACCAUGGAAACUUUUCUGCGAAUGAUUUCCAAUCUAACGAACCUUUGGAUGCUGUCGAAUACAUUCUGAAUUGUACCCAAAACGACAUGACGAACUCCAUGCAAUUCGAAGGUGAAGAAGAUUUUGAAGAUGUUAACUGGGACGAUGACGAUAUUGAUGAGUCGGACGAUGACAAUGCUACCCCCAAUACUCAAGUGGUGAACGGAGUGAUUGGCCAAGAGUACAAUCAACAAGUUUUACUUCCGAACAGUACUAAUGAAAAUCUCGUAUAUGCCACGGAUCCAAAUAUAGUUAGUAUGAUAGAACAGGCUGAAAUCACUUUCGCUGUGGACGUCAAACCUUCAGUUGAGACAAUUAGUUUCGCAAACGUUGGUGAUGCUCAGGAAGCAAAAAAUAUGCUAUUGCAAAAUUCUAUGGUUUCACCUGUACCUGUCCCCGUAAUUAAGACUGAAAAAGACUUGCAAUCAGAGCCUCCAAUCUGUAUACAGCCAACCAGUUUAAAUCAAACUCCGGUAGUUGUUGAUCACUCUAUUGGCACAGAUCAAGCGACUGGCGAGGAAAAGAAUCUCAACGGUCCACCGAAGAAGCGAAAGCGUACAAUCCUGCACUAUACAAAUGUUGUAAAAGCUCCUGUUGAUGAGAUAACGGAGAGAAUUAAACAGCGUAUGAUUGAUAAGGGUAGAAAGCUGAAUGAUACAAAGGAGUCUGCCCCUUUGGAAGAAAAUGAAAAAGCCAACAAAAAUGAUUCAGUGGAAUCAACAUUAAGUAAAACAGGAGAAAAUGAGCAAAUUACGGAGCCAGAAUCAAUUCCAUCUUUGCCUACUGAUUCGAAUAAAGAAAGCAAACAAGUUCGACCGGUCCCUGGGAGGCGUUCCAAAGUAAUUCCAAUAAUGCGCGGCCGCCCUCGUGCGUUAAAGUCGACAGCCAGCGCUAAUACUUCAGAAACACAGACGUCCACUGUACCUACAUCAAAUAAUAGCCAACAAAAAGUGGAAAACAUAGAUUUGAUUCCAAAAAACGGUUCGGGUUCAGCAGGAACUGAUUCGAUUACAACCGAGCCUGCUGAUACAAUUUCGAGUACAGGGACUGAGAAAUCAUGUGAAGAAGUCGCUGAAAAUAUAGACAACAUUAAUCAAGAUGCUGUAGUAAAUACGAUAACAACGGAUAGCUGCAUUGAUACAACAGGAGACAACAGUUCAUCAAAUCAAUUGGUUCAAUAUCAGAGUGAACAUCAAACUGUUGUGAAUAAUGACACGCAUGCUGAAAUCCUCGAGGCAGCUCAAAUUAAGGUCGAAAAAGGUAGCGCCGGGAAAUUUCCUAUGCCAGUAACAUCUGAAGUUUUUCAGGCAGGCGACCUUGUUGAAGUAUAUACAGAGUCUGAAACCGCUAAUGAAACUGAUGUAGCUUUGAAUGUGAAUUCAGAGACUAUACCCGAAAUUGAUAAUGAAGGCGCUGUGGCCAAUGAACUUGAGAGAAAGUCAAGUAGAGUUCGUAAGCCUAAAAAUAAUGGUGAUUUUGUGAUCACUGAUUCGAAAAAUACUCGCAAGGGAACUAAAAAAUUAUCGAGUACAGAUGAGGCGGCUCCAAUUAAUACUACAACGGGUGUUCGUGAGUCAGAUAUGCAUCCAGGAAAUUCUACUGACAGUAUAAUUUUAAAGCCUCUGAAAUCACGUCGGAAGAACACGAUACCUGAAAUUGACAAGCUAGUGAGGAAACGACAAAAGCUUGAUGCCGAACAAGUAGUAGGCGAGCCUAACCAAACCGAGUCAGUUACAACUACAGACGAAAGAGUGGAAACUUCUCCUCAAAGCACGCCGCCAAUCAGAAGAGUGGGGCGACCACCUAAGAUUAAACGAAAUAUCAAUAAAGAUCGAGGAUUACAAAGAGGAAUUGAACAGUAUUUCUCUUCAACUCCGACUCUGAAACCUACUGAAGAUGGUGAACAAUAUGCUGAAAUUACAACACCAGAAACAUCACAGAAUUUAUCACAACCAUUGCAAAACCAUCGAACUCCAUCAAAACCAACAGUAAAAAGACGUGGAAGACCUCCCAAAAACCGACCAGUUGAAUCAACUUCGAUUUCCGUUCUAGACGAUUCUGCUGCCUCCAUCAAUUCGGAGCAAGAUGACGGCAGGAAAAAAAAGACUGGCGCCAAUGAUUAUACCAUUGACCCCAGAAUUAUUUUGGCUAAGAGUCGCAAUGACUUGACAUGCGAAAUAUCAGUGGAAGAUGAAAUGUUUGGGGCACACAAAAUUAAGAAGGAACCUCAGGUUGAUCGACGGGGUAUGGUCCAGUGUGGGGCAUGUAAGGAGCUUAUGGCUGAGGGACGAUUUGUUAAACAUUUACCGGAACAUUACGGUGUAGGAUGGCGAGAAGGGCUGGAUCCCCCGAUUAAUAUGUCAUCAUACCGAGAAGUUCUGAAUGCAAUGAUACAAUAUAUGUAUCGGCACAAAGUUACCUCAUUCGAAUGCAAAUUUUGCCAAGGAGUUAAAAAGUCUGCUGCCGGAUUUCUUGCGCAUCUUUUUACAUGCUUGUUAAGCAAAGAACAACUGGCCAAAAUGAUGGAGCCUUGUAAAUUUUGUGAAAAAGCUUUCAUACCUCAUGCCUUGUGGACCCAUCUGAAAAUAUGCAAAGAGAAUCCAGAUAACAGGAAGGAACUAUUUGGGGAGGAAGAAGAACACUUUGCAGCAGAACCGAAGCGAAGAUCAGCAAUAAAGGCGACUUCAUCUUUUAAGGCAAUGAUUGAUUCUGGUAAACUGACAGUUGACGAUUUCGUCAAACCUUAUCAACCACUUCGUGCCGGGGGGCUAAUUAUUCGCUGGAGAAGUGAAUUGAAAAAACAUGGAAUUGCUAAAUGUCCAGAAAAAACAUGCAGUUACGAGUCAGAGACAUUAGACGAAUUGAAAGCACAUUUUCGAAAUUGUGAAAAGCUUCAUCGUGGUGGUUUCUCCUGUGUUCGGUGUAAUUUCUAUAGCAUGAAUGAAGCCGAUGUACGAUCUCAUGCUUCACUGAAGCACGAAAAGGAACUGAAAGGAGAAGUCACUGCUGAGCGUGAAAAGAAAGCAAAAGGAGAAGAAAACGAUUUUUCAGCAUCAAAUUGUGAAUCAGACAGCGAAGAUGAAAGCAGUGAAUCUGAGGUGGAGAAAAGACCUCCGGGAAUACCGAAUAUUACGAAGGUGCGCGACUUUCUUAAAACAACAAAAUCAAUCUAUGAUGAGAUCCACGCUGAUGAAGCUUUAUUCCCAAACUUAUUGCCUUCUGAAAUGACAUUUUCUCGAAGACCGUUUGGCCACUUCCUACCUAUUGUAAACAGCUCCAUUAAGUACAAUUUUAUUUUCGACAAAAAAAUACAAAUCAACAAAUCCGUUGGAUCAUCCAAAUUGCCUGAGGAAUGGUUUGAGCUAGAACAAUUUGAAACGAUGAUGCUAAAAGGCGAAACAAUGACGUUCAUUGGCGGACCAAUAACUAAUUGUGCUUGGGCCCCUAAGCCCAAGCAAAACAUGGACAAAUCCAUUGAAUAUUUGGCUGUGUCUUUCAAACGAAGUUAUACCGCUCAUACGAAGCUAUUGAAACCAGUUGAAGAAGAUGCUCUGAUUCUCAUAUAUAAAAUAGAAACGGCACUCAAUGAUAAGAGUGGCGAAAUAAAGACUGAAUUACAAUAUGGAGUGCAGUGCAUUGGACCCAUUAAUCAUUUUGUGUUUUUGCCAAGCGGUGGCUACGUACCCGAAUUGAAUCGACUCGGGCUGUUGGCCGUUAGCUCGGCAAAGUCUGACAUUCAUAUAUAUUCAUUGCCCCUCGAAGCAAUUGACACAGACUGUGAUAAUACCGUUAAUAAGAAAAGUUGUAAUAUAUUAGAUCUUAAGCCGAGUUUAAUACUGCGAGUAGACUUAAGUAAAAAUCUUAAAGAGGAUGAGAGCUGUGUGACGCAAUGUACGCGGCUGGUGUGGUCAGAGGUGAAAAAUCACAACAUUAUUGUAGGUGGAUAUGCAAACGGGUUUGUGGGGCUGUGGGAUAUUCGCGAGGAGGACAAUCUUACGAAAUUCUGUAAUGAUGGAGUGCAGUGUUUUGUUCCAAUAUCUUUUUUCAAUACGAUAGGGCAUGCUGUUACUGGUCUCGCUAUGCAUUAUAUGUCCGGAGAUCCCCGAUGGUUGGUCGUUACAAACCGAAUAAGAGAUUAUCGAAUUUACGAUCUGGAAGACAUGAGCAACCCAAUACAAGUGGUACAGGACGGAUUUCAAAAGAGCACCUUAUCCAGCGCGGUGUGGCCUAUUUAUACAGAAAACCCAGUGAUGUCGUUGGACGAUGAUUAUAUAGAAGAUGCUACUUACGUUUUUACACGUAGCCUGCAUAAUGUUACUUUUAGAACAAAGCAUGAAAUGCAUAGUUCGUCUGGAUACACCUCAUUGGAGUUUUCACCAUACUACAAUGCAUUCAUUGGUGGCUGCGAGAAUGGUGAUAUCAUCAUACAGAGAUAUAAGUCGAUUUCUACGGAGAAUAUAUGGAAUAAUGCGUAUCCAAGGAAAUUUAUAUUUUUCUCGGAUAUUAUUCGAUUAGAUGGAAAGGCAAUUCCGAGUACCAAUCCUAAGAAAGUAAAAGGUCCUUUGGAUCAGGAAACUAUAAAAUGUCUGGACUCUUUUGAUGAUAAAUGCAAGGACGAGUAUGGAUUGAUGUUUGGCGGACCAAUGGCGUGCGCGCGACAAAACAAAAGUGAAGCGCAGGCGGCAGAGCGAUCACCACCAUUUGCUCUGCGGCCUUUGACUCGAGUUAGUUGUCUUGCGCUAUGCCCGAAUGCUGCUAAUGCUUGUAUAGUAGCUGUUGGCUAUUAUAAUGGCUUGAUUAGGUUAAAGUAUUUAAAUUUUAAUGGAUAUUGUUAAGAUUGAAAUAUUAUUUUCUAUAAAGCUUGUAAGGUAUUGUUAUAUCUUAAUAAAUUAAAGUUAUAAUCUGAA